AUGGCUCGGUACUGGAAUGGUUUCUACUUUUUUGCUGAUAUUGACAACAGUGUCGUAGUAUGCUGCCGGGGUUGGUGGCCCGGGCUUCAGGUCAGCCAACAGGUUGAGGAGCGUGUCAUGGCCUGUGAUCUGCAAGUACUCGGCCUGGGUCAGAUGCGCCUCUUUUUGGUCUUGGUUUUCUUGUGGUUUUGGUCUUUUGCCUGGUUGUGGACUAGGUUUUCUGGGCUGAACAUCGUCUGUUGUCGGCCGUCGUCCCAUUAG